AUUCACGCACACCGCAUGCCGUACGACCAGUCAGUACGACAGUAAAGUUGUCCGCCUCACGCGCGGCGCGCGCGCUCUUCUCACUAUUCAAACUUUUCAUCUUUACUCAAAUUCUUCGUCUAGUCAAAAUGUAGUUUAGUGUUCGAAACGUUUGGAAAUAGUGCUCGUGCAGUGUUCUAAAAGUGAUCUAGUUCCGUAAACGUUACAUGCUACGGUCCAAAGAACAAUGCUGUGGGAAAAAAUAACGUUCAGCUGGCAUCGGCUGUCGUUCCCAGCUACCUACCUACCCCUCUCUCCCCGCGAACCGGGUGCCGGGUUCAAUGCGCCUCUCGGCGUUUAUUCAUCGUUUGUGGGAAAAGUUGACCCCCAUUUUUAAAAUUCAUUGUUAUCGAAUUCACACGAUUUCGUUCUUGUGAUUAUCGCAUCUUAGAUGCUGAUUUGAAUUUUUUCUUAAAUUCUUUAAAACUUUACUCAAAAUUAAAAUGACUGUGGCAUCAGCCAAAACAAAUGAAUCAAAAAGUAAUUUAUCGCUAUAAUUAGGGACCGGUAAAAAAUAAAUAUAAUAAGAAGUCGUCAAGGUUGUAACAUUCCGCUGAACUAACUAUUUAUUGUUUGUUCUAAGCUGUGCCAUGUUUACCGAGUAUCAAAAUUGCCUUAAUUAUCUUACUUUGAUACGCACAGUGAUGAACUAUUUGAGGAAAGAAGACGACACUCACGAAUAUUAUUUUGCGGAACGGCCGUUAAGAGUUGAGUUUUUGAAAUGUUGCAAAUUGCAUUGUUCGUGUUCGAAGAAUAGUCCGCUGUGAAUUGACGUGAGUCGUUAACAUGUGCAGUGAAUUCAGUGCCUGAGGAUUUUACCUGCAAGCAGAAAAAAAUAACUCAAGAUGGGUAACCAAGGGUCGUCUCCGCACGAGCCAUUGGACCGUGCCCAGGUGCCAAAUGCAGAUUUAAAAAUGAAGUCGUCAGUCCGCAGCUCGUUGAGGCGGGCGCGCGCCGGGGCCGCGCUGUCGCCGCCGCGCGCCGGCAUGGAGCGGCUGCGACGCUCGUUCCGCGAGUCCUUCCGCCGCCGCAAGGGCUCGCCGCCCGAGUCCGCGCGCCCGCACCAGUGGCACGCCGACGAGGCGGCCGUGCGCGCCGGCACCUGCACCUUCCCCGUCAAGUACCUCGGCUGCGUCGAGGUCUUCGAGUCCCGGGGGAUGCAAGUUUGCGAAGAGGCCCUCAAAGUACUUAGAAAUUCGCGGCGGCGUCCCGUCCGUGCAGUUCUACACGUCAGCGGAGACGGUCUGCGCGUCGUAGAGGAAGAGACCAAAGGGCUCAUAGUCGACCAGACCAUUGAGAAGGUCUCCUUCUGUGCGCCGGAUAGAAAUCACGAACGAGGGUUUAGCUACAUCUGCCGGGAUGGCACGACCCGCCGGUGGAUGUGCCACGGGUUCCUGGCGUCGCGGGACAGCGGGGAGCGGCUGUCGCACGCGGUGGGCUGCGCGUUCGCCGCGUGCCUGGAGCGCAAGCAGCGCAGGGAUAAGGAGUGCGCGGUGUCCAUGAGCAUCGACGCGGCCAGCCACGCGUUCACUCGACAGGGAUCCUUCAGGAAAUCUAGUGUAACAAGCCGGCGCACGUCGGAGGUGGAGGCGAGCCCGACCACGCCCACGCCCGCGCCGCUCACCGCGCCGCGCGCCGCGCCCGCGCCCGCGCCGCACAACCCCUUCGCGGUGGAGCGCCCGCACGCCGCGCCGCACCUGCUCGAGCGCCAGGGCUCCUUCCGCGGCUUCGCGCACCUUAAUAACAACUCUCCGUUCAAGCGGCAGAUGUCUCUACGCAUCAGCGACCUGCCGUCAAACCUGGAACGUCAACGCUUAGGGUUGGGCUCGCCGCCCGCCGCACUGCCUGCGCUGCCCGCGCUGCCCGCUGUCAGCCCGAGGCCUGACGUGGCGCCUAUCGAGGAGAAGGCCGUGGAGGCGGACCCGGUGGCGGAGAUGUGCCAGCAGCUGUCGCUGGGGCUGCGCGCGCUGGCCGAGGAGCCGGUGCCGGCGGCGGGCGCGCUGCCGCACCCCGACGCGUGGCUCGGCCGCGUGGCGCGCGCGCCCGCGCUGGCCGCCGCCGGCCGCGCCGCCUCAUUCGCCGGCCACUCGCACGCCGCCACCAACCCCUUCCUCACGCCCACGCCCGCGCCGCUCUAAGCUCUCAUACGCCGACACCGGGGAGUUCGUGCGACAACGGCUCAAAGCACGCAAAGUUAACUUGAGUCCCGAGCGAAAUACGCCUUCUCUAAUUAAUCAGUUAAUCCAUUAGUUUUACUAUUUUAUUUACCCUACCACCUGAUAAAUAUAUCGAUACUCGGUAAUAUUCGGCGCAUAAUAUGUAAUAAGCGCGCAUACGUCAUCCGAGUGAGGUCUCAAGUUAACAUUGAUAGGUUGUAGUGUGUGCAACCAUAGAGAGCAUCAGUGGCGUGCGGGCCAUAGAGGCGUAAAAGCACUGCUUACCCUAAUUGAAAUAGGCUCGAUGCUCAGUUUUUGUUACGCCCUGCCUGAAAUUAGGUAGGAACCUACCCUAACUUUAAAUCGCAUGCCACUGCCAAGUGGGUAGUUAAAAUUCCUAUAUAAGCGCUAAUACAUAACUGUGUUGCGGUGAGUUAUUUUAUAUGACGACGUUUGCACUAGUCAUUUAUGACAUGCAGACACUUCAGGCGCGCUGCAAUUGGUCAAUUAUUAUCAGUUCAGAUUAUGUUGCAACACACCACAACACAGCAAUGCAUCUGCAGCUUUACUCAUCCUCUUACUUUUACCAAGCAAUUUACACGAGUGAAUGCAGUUUGCAUUCGCAGCUAGCACAAGAAAUUGACUCUUAUUUUUUUAAACUAUGAAAGUAGGCUUGCGCUUGACUGCAAUGAGACACAGUAGGGAUAUUUCGAGAAACAGUGCUAGAAAUUUGACGCGGCCAACAAUAGAAAAAAAUAAAAAAUAUUUGGCGCACAAAAGUUAAUUGAGCCCCGCGUUGUUACUCGUAUAUUCGAACAGUGGAAGGGUCGAUAGGAUAAAAUCGUAGAAGAAUCAAAAAAGAAUAAAUGUUUAGAUUUUAAAGUUGGUGUGCGUAAACGUCUUAUCACGAAAGUAGAUAAUCUUUCAGAGGGAUGAAUAGGUGUAUUUUAAAUAGUGGUGUUGUAAAGUGGCUCGGUGCCAUAUCACUUUUGUUAAUUACUGCGAACUUACAAUCUAUCUCAUUAUUUUCCCCACAGUGUAAGUUUGCUGUGUAUUAAUAGCUCAGUAAAUUGACGAAGAGGUUUAAAUAAUCUUAUCGCUUUAAAUGAAAGUGGUACUUUAUGAAUAUUCCAUAUUCACGGUUGUAUCACUAAACGCAAAUCAAUAGAAAAAAAAAUGAGCAAGUUCUCAGAGAGCGGUUCAGCGUUAAUUUUACUAUCAAAACGUGUUCACUUUGACUUUAAUAAUAAAUUACGGGCGUAUUUAGAAGAUAAAAAAAAUUAUUGGAGAAAUGGAAAAUUUAUCCUAGAUUUUAGAUGUCUUCUAAUUUAGUAAAAAAAAAAUUAAGGGCAAGGCCACACCCCCAACACUUCGUACUAUUGAUAAGGACAGUGCUAUACC